AGCACUGAACGUCCUGCUCCGACCCUGAGGCCUGAUUUGUCGAUGGCAACUGAAUCAUCCCCGCAAGUGCCCGAUCAUGUUGCAGCUCCCACACAGUCCAAUGCCAACAGCUUGCCAGCUGAGACCGUCAACUUUGCACACCGAAUGUUUGACGCUGCGCGGGAGGGAAACACGGAGCUCCUUCUUCAAGCAGUUGAUGCGGGCUUGCCGGUCAACCUCACAAAUGACAAAGGAAACACGUUAUUGAUGCUCGCAGCAUACGCAGGCCACGCAGAAUUGACUCAAGGACUUCUGCAACGAAAAGCAGAUCCAAACAGACUCAACGAUCUUGGUCAAUCUAUUAUUGCGGGCGCUGUGUUUAAGUCGCACGACGAGGUUGUGCGUAUUCUGGCCAAAGCCGGCGCAGAUCCGAGAAUAGGCAAACCCACCGCGAUAGAGGCAGCUCAUAUAUUUGGUCGGAAAGAGUUGAUGGAAGUAUUGGGUGCAAAGCAGGGUGACAUCAGCACUGAUGUGCCCACCCCUCCGAGUGCACGUCCCGAGAAGUGAUCGCGACCCUUAAGCCAGUUUGAACGUUCCGAUAGAUAACUCGUGCUACCCAUUCAAGUCGAUCGUGACAGGUCCACAGAUGUUAGGUAUGACAAUAAAAUAACUCUUGCAAAGCAAACGAAAGCAUCCAUUGCUAAAUCGCGCCCAUC